UGACAGGUUGUAACACCUCAUAAUAUACACUUACCACUUUUUUCGUGUUUGUCGGGGUAUACUACAAGGUGACCUAGUGCUACCCGUAUUAUUUAAUAAGGGGAUUGUUGUGGCUUCGACUUAUUGAGGGAAACAUUGUUUGGAAGUACGCUCCUUCGUAUGAAGUUCGAAGAGUGAAGGAGAAAGUAUAUCCCCUGAGAGAAGAUGGUGUUAUUUGUGACAGUGCUUUUUACAGUGCUUAGCUACACUGCAGCCACAAAUUUUCGGCAUGUCUAUCCACGACCUUUCAGCCCGAGGAGUACGAAUUUUGCUCGUGGGCAAAUAGGACUGCUCGAACCCCGCCCUGUGUCACGCAUUACACCGAGAAUCCUGCCGAGGUUGCCUCCAUCAAAAAGCGUGGUCUGGAUAAAGAAGUUCGAUCCUAGGACUGGAGCUUGGAUAAAGGUUAUGAAAGGAAAGCGUAAUGUAUUUGGCUCGGCGGUUCAUCAUCAUUUUGCGAAAAAGGCACAUAUUGCAAGAAAAUUGAGGAUGAAUAACAUUAUCAGGGCAAGAAAUCUCGUUCGAAUUAAUAAUAUUAGAGGUGGGUUACUGGCAGUUGCCAGGCAACGUGAUGAAGAUGAUUUUCCUAGAGUCCCAGCAAGGAUUUUAGGCCAACGUCGUGGAGGAGGUUAUCGUAGAUAUAAUAGAAAACCAAAAAGAAUGAAUAAGAUCCGCCCCAGAGAUGGAACCGGUGGCAUCCUCGGACAAAGAAUCAAUCGGCAGUUUAAUCCUUUAUGGAGAAACAGACGACCACAUCUUAGAAGAAACAUUAAUCUGAGGUCUAGAGAUGAUGGUGAUUUCUUUGAUGAUUUUAUGGACAAUGAUCGUCAUGAUUUUGAAGACUUCAAUGAAAUCGAUGAUUCCUUUGAUGAUCGGUUUGAUGGUGGAUUUAGAAACACACAUUCGUUGUUAAACUCCGGAUCAAACUUAGUGCGAGCAGAUAUCAGAGGACGGCAGAUUUCAGUGCCACAGAAACCUUUGUCAAAACCGAAAAAUCCGUCAAUAGUGGGAGAUGUCGCUGGAUUCCCGCGGAAAGGUUAUUAUUCCAAAAUGAACAGUAUCCCUAGAACGGAUAUUAACACAAUAGGUACAGGUGGUGCACAGACUGGGGCAUUUAAACCAUCAGAUAGAAUAAGAAACAAUUUAAAUACAGCGAUUCUUGGAACUUUUGACAGGAAAAGGAAAGUACCUUUUCAAGGAAUGCGUGGUAUAGGUGACGUCCGUUUCACUGGAAUGCGGGGCGUGAGUGAUGCGGGUAUUUUGGGCAGUCAGCAAAAUGGAUUCGAUGCAAACAAUGGUGACAUAACUGGUUUGAUGAAUGAACCCAUUUCUGUUAGAAAUAGAAUGUUAGAUUCCCCUCUAAUACCUUCUGCAGAUAGAAACAUUCGAUUUCCACCUACAGGAGUUGUCGGUCUCGCAGGUGAUGACCGACUACCUGACGGCCUAUUGCAUGACUUUGGUGAUGUAGAAGACCUUAGCGGUAUUGAAAACAGACUGGACCUUGUAACAGAUGCAUUGAGCCACCUGAAUGAUAGGCUGAAUCUUAAUGAGCGUUUGGAUCUGGAUGACCGAUUAGACUUUGAUGACAGGCUAAACGACCGGUUAGGGAUGGAAAACAGAUUUGAUGAUCGAUUAACACAAUUAGCCCAUGUUCAAAGCGGAGUCAAUGAUGAAAUUUUAGACAAACCUCAUAUUGCUAAAGCUAUUGAUGAAUUUGAUAGAGGCGAUGUGGAUGUUGAAGGUGAUAUUGGUCAUCUCAGACAUGACGAAAGUCCUAUUGAUGGUUUGGAGCUGCUUGGGCCCAGCAGGUGGAGUGAUAUCAUAACUGAAUUAACGAACGCAGCCACGCACAAUCAAAUAUUUGAUCAAGAACCACGAGAGAGCGUUCCUGUAUUUCCAGUCAAUCCUCACUCGUCUGCUGAACCCAGUACAUUAGGCGGAAAUGACGUCACUACAGACCGCAACAACGGACUAGGAACAGGUUCUCUGGCACUACUGGGAAUUGACCCUGGAACCUUCACAACUGACCAUCCGCCACCGAUUCCAUUACCUGAAAAAUCUGAAACGAUGACAAAGACAAGUUCUCUAGAUUCUUUGACAAGUACAAAAAUAGCCGUGGGUGAUGAUUCCACCCAGACCAUUCUAACUACAAAAGCGUCGCAAAAUGGCAACCCAGCCAGCUCAAAACAGUUCAUUUCUGAAAAUAAUGUGCGAAUCCCUACAAAAGACAUUGCGAGCGCCUCCGAACAAAUGGCUAUGUUUGGUGCGUUAGACAGUUUGGAUUUUGGAAACGACAGCUUUGAUGAAGAUUUAAGAAUUUGAUAUUUCAUUCUAAUUAUUUUUUUGGUAUAAAUUUAUGUGAUAAGUUAAUAACCGUACUCAAAUUAUAGCAUAAAGAGUAGAAUUUUAGUCAACGUUUAUAUCAGCUGUAAGAGAUUCCUACAGAGAAAAAUAACAAUAGAUCUAACACGAUCCGGUUUAUUUCCUUAUUGAACAAAAAAAAAAAAAAAAAAAAGAAGACGGAGAGUGACGAUAUUAUGUAACAAAAUAUUUGUUUAUUAGCUUUGUAUCGAGAAAUAUUUAGGAGUUCUGCAAUUAUAUUGUGCGAUUUUAUUGUGCGAUUUUUGGAGUGCAAUAUUACUCCGCUAAAAAACGAAUGCAUAUUUUUCGCCGGAAAGCUAAUGAUCGCAUAUCAUACGUAUCUAAACAUAUUAAUUUUACAAUAUAUCUAUUAUGAAUUUGUUCAAAAGCCUAAAUUAUAUUGACAAAAAUGAAGUCUUUACACAUUCAAAUGACGUCACUCACCCGACACGAAACUCAGACGUCAAUAUUGAGUCUUGUUCUGUUGUAAAUUAACGGACAAUAAAAAAAAGUAUGUGAUACUUCUAGUUAUUAAUUUAUAGCACCAAUCUUUGAUUUCUUGUUAGAAUAGAAAUAGUAUAUAUCUCAAACAGUGCUUUUGCUCUUAAAUAAAAUCACUGUUUGCCGUUCCGAUCCGUAUUAUGAUGUCUCGUGAUAUAAUCCUUCCGCAUCUGAACUCCAGACAUUAAUUUAGUCAACGACAAAUCUCUGUUUAAUAUAAUUAUAUGACUUCUUAAACAACAGAUAUUUAGCGGGUUUUAUUUACCUUUUGGGGUUUAAUUUAAGGUCGAAACAGAUACGUCUUCUGCUUCAUCCAAAAGGUAUUUAAUAGUUUAUUUUCAGUUUAAAUAAAAAUAAAACUACCAAAAAAAAAAAAAAAUGAAACAGCUUUCUCCCAGGUGCUAUCAAUCUCAGCUAUAUGCAAACAAAUGUAAAUAUUAGUGUUAUAUAAUUAGCAUGACUGAUAACUUAUUGUGAAAUAACUGUGAGUGAUGCCCCAACGUGACUAUGUUAGCGUUUAUCUACUUGCAUGGCAGGACCAGUGUCUCAGAUUGUAUGUACAUGCUUUGUAACCUAUUCAUCAUUCCUUUCACUGUACAAUAUAAACCAACUCUUUUUUAUGUUUCUAAGGCUUGUUUUUUUUUCUUUUUAUUUUAUUUCUUUCUAUUUUAUUUUCUUAUCAGGAAAUAAAUAUAUCCGUUUUGAUUUAAAACAUUGCGUUUGGCUUUCAAGUUGAUAAGAAAAAAAUUACCCAUUUGAUGUUAUUUUUCCUUGUUAACUGUCAAAAUCAGUUUAAGUAGAUGUAUUACUUUCCUUGUUGAGUUAUUUAUAAUUACAUGUUAUUUAUUUAUUUGAGCAUAUUGUAUGUUAAUAAAAUAUCAUUCU